AUGGUUUGGAAGUGCCCGAUGAACAUUCCUUGGCCUUUUGUUGUACGCAUCCAGAGGAUCAGAGGGGUGAGCGUAAUGGUACAGAAAGCCAUGGCAAGGCUUCGCCUGAAGAAGAUUCUCAGUGGUGUCUUUGUCAAGACCAUAAAAACGCUGCGUACAAUGGAGCCUUAUAUGACCUGGGGAUUUCCAAAUCUGAAGUCUGUCUGGGAGCUCAUCUUGAAACGUGGGCAAGCCAAGGUCAAGAAUAAAAUCAUCCCUUUGACAGACAACACAAUGACUGAGGAGCAUCUGGGGAAGUCUGAUGUCAUUUGCUUGGAAGACCUCAUUCAUGAAAUUGCCUUCCCAGGGAAGAAUUUCCAGGCCAUCUCAGGGUUCCUGUGCCCUUUCCACCUCUCGGUGGCCCGCCAUGCUCCCAAGAAUAGAGUGGGCUUCCUCAAGGAGGUGGGCACCCCUGGGUAUCCAGGUGGAUGCAUCAACCAGCUCAUCCAGCAGCUGAACUAG